UUAAACGAUUACGUUCAUAUCCGUAGCCUACUCUUUCUUAUUGAUCUAUCCAAUCCACUAUCUCUUCAUCCGGUGCUUAUGGACUUGAAUUCUCGGCGACACCAACCUCGGAAACAUUUACGUUUCUGCAUGUGUUAGCAUGACUCUCGAACAUAACAACCUAUCGCCCGAACUGAACUGGAAUCAUGAUCCUCGGGGCAAUGUGUGCUUGCAGCGAACUAACUGGGGAGCUCUAUGCGAAAUUGCCUCUCACAACAAGGACGGAGUCCCAUGCGAGCCCCUUGAACGUUAUACUAUUGGCGGCAGCUUUCUUGCGCGUUUGAUUCACUUUCAAGACGGGACCCUCUGGGUCGCCCGCGUUCAGCUCCACGAGCCAACUCAAAAGACCUCUGAAAGACUGCGCAUCGAACUCGACACCAUGUUCUUACUCAGAUCACGGACAAAGGCCCCGGUACCUCAGGUCUUCUCAUUUGCCCUCGACGCAGACUUGACGGGGUCUGCUUUCGUUCUGCUAGAGUAUCUGCCUGGCAACAACGCCGCCGAUCAAGCUCGCGACUAUGUAAGAACCGACUGGGGCCUUAUGCCGCCCCAGAACCGUCCAGCAUUCUAUCGUACCAUGGCGGCUGCUCAGGUUCAAAUCGCGUCCGCCCGCCUCCCGAAAAUUGGCACCGUCAUUCGCAACAAUGACGGCAGCUUCAACGUUGGUCCGAUUCCAGGCCUCGGGGGUCCAUUUGACACAGCGAAAUCCUUCAUCUGUGCUUGGGCUAGGAAGGCCAAAUUUCCCUACGACGAAGCCUCCAUCCGAGAAAAUGUUCCUACCCGGUUUGCCGAGCAAAUCAUUGAGGGAAUCAGACAAUUCCCAUCCCGGAUUGCCGGGUUGGCUAUGUCCGGCAAGCACUUUACGCGCGCAGGCCCCUUCCCAAUCCGACACCCUGAUCUCUUCCACAGCAAUGUGAUUGUUACAAAAGCCUAUAACGUGAUAGGUGUGGUCGACUGGCAGGAUUCGCAUACGAUACCUUGGGAACUUGCAGAUCUUCCUUUGUUCUUCAACACAGUACCUCCUCUGAUGAACAGUCCUGAUCAAUAUGACAAGACAGGCCGGCCGCUGGACAAAGAUGAAGCCGGGAAAUGGGCGGAUGAGGAAUCUUACGCUAACCUUGUGCGGGAUGCUGAGCGGGAUGCAGGCGUGGACAACAAUCUUUCACAGAUCCUCACCGAUAGAGAUUCCCGAUAUUUGGCUGCCGUUGUUCACCUGUUCUCUCAGGGGAAGAUAGGCUUCUACGGUAAGGUUCUAGACCAUUUUCAGGCUAAGUAAGGUGUUGAUGCGAGAUGCUCUCGUUGUAACGAGAUGUAGAAACCGUGGGUGUGGAAGAGAGAGGGGAUGGUGGCUAGAUAGACAAGAGGAGAACAAUUCUCUGUUUAAGAUACGAGUAUUUUAGUUUCAGAAAGACUACACCGUAUUUAAUGAUCUCUUCACGCG